AUGGAUUUACCUCCUGUGGAAAUUUCCAAAGACGAUUACCGAAAGGCGGCAGCACUAUAUGAUGAUGAUCCUUUGGUCCUGGAGAUUAAGGUGGCUAAUCUCAGAGUGAAAAGAGUACUGGUAGACACGGGGAGCUCGUCCGACAUAAUCACCCUUCAGUACCUGCAAAAAUUGAAGCAUGAUGCCAGAGAAAUAGAAAAAGUAUUUAGGCCCUUAGUAGGAUUUGGAGGAAGUAUCGUCCGCCCAAUUGGCUCCAUCCUGCUCCCAGUCUCCAUUGGCACCCCUCCAGUGACCAAAGAAGGUGUCAUCCGAUUUACGAUUGUAGCAAGCCUCACCGCGUUUAAUAUCAUACUCGACCGUCCAGCCCUCAAUGACCUAAAAGCUGUGAUUGUUCCCCAUUUACUUCUAGUUAAGUUCUUAGGAAGCAAUGGACGCAAUUGA